AUCUCCCCGGGCACCAGAGAGCCAUGGCCGGUCUGCGAGGCCACGCCGCGCCCUGCCUCCUGUGGGUGCUGCUGCUGCUGCUGCUGCUGUGGAGCGGGCCCCGCGGCUGCCGGGCCCAGAGGGCAGGCUGCAAGACUGUCCAUUACGAUCUCGUGUUCCUGCUGGACACGUCCUCCAGUGUGGGCAAGGAGGACUUCGAGAAGGUGCAGCAGUGGGUGGCCAACCUGGUGGACACCUUCGAGGUGGGCCCCGAGCACACCCGCGUGGGGGUGGUGCACUACAGCGACCAGCCCACCACGGCCUUCGAGCUGGGCCACUUCGACUCCGGGGAGGCGGUCAAGGCGGCUGCACAGUCCCUGGCCUACCAGGGCGGCCACACCAACACGGGGGACGCCCUGCGCUACAUCACCCGCCACAGCUUCUCCCCGCUGGCCGGCGGCCGCCCGGGGGACCGCGCCUUCAAGCAGGUGGCCAUCCUGCUGACCGACGGCCGCAGCCAGGACCUGGUGCUGGAGGCGGCGGCCGCGGCCCACCGGGCGGGCAUCCGCAUCUUCGCGGUGGGCGUCGGGGAGGCGCUGAGGGAGGAGCUGGAGGAGAUCGCCUCGGAGCCCAAGUCCGCCCACGUCUUCCACGUGUCCGACUUCGACGCCAUCGACAGGAUCCGCGGCAAGCUGCGGCGCCGCCUCUGUGAAAACGUGCUGUGCCCCAGCGUCCGCGUGGAAGGGGACCGCUUCAGACACACCAAUGGUGGGACCCGGGAGAUCACAGGUUUCGACCUGAUGGACCUGUUCCGCGUGAGGGAGCUCUCGGGCAGGCGGGAGAACGGGCUGCAGAGCACCUACGUCCGCCUGGGCUCCUCCCCGGUGGUGCAGAGGACCGGGGAUGUGUUCCCCCAGGGUCUGCCCGACGAGUAUGCCUUCGUCACAACCUUCCGCUUCCGGAAGGGCUCUCGGAAGGAGGACUGGUACAUCUGGCAGGUCAUCGACCCGUACGGCAUCCCGCAGGUCUCCAUCCGGCUGGACGGCGAGAACAAGGUGGUGGAGUACAACGCCGUGGGGGCCGUGGAGGACGCCGUCAGGGUGGUCUUCCGUGGUGCCCACGUCCACGACCUCUUCGACCGCGACUGGCACAAGAUCGCCCUGAGCGUCCAGGCCCGGAACGUCUCCCUGUACGUGGACUGCGCGCUGGUGCAGACGCUGCCCAUCGGGGAGCGGGAGAACAUCGACAUCCAGGGCAAGACCGUGGUCGGCAAGCGCCUGUACGACAGCGUGCCCAUCGACUUCGACCUACAGCGGAUUGUGAUUUACUGUGACGCCCGCCACGCAGAGCUGGAGACCUGCUGUGACAUCCCCACGGGCCCAUGCCAGGUGACCGUGCUGACGGAGCCCCCGCCCCCGCCGCCGCCCACCUCCGGCAGCGAGCACAUCGGGUUUUUGAAGACCAUCAACUGCUCCUGCCCGGCUGGAGAAAAGGGAGAGAAGGGCUCCAGCGGCCUGCUGGGAUUCCCCGGCCCGAAGGGAGACACGGGAGCCACUGGGCCUGCUGGAGCUCCUGGACCCAAGGGAGAGAAAGGCGACUCGGGCCGAGGACCUUUCGUCCACGGAGAGAAGGGAGAGAAGGGUUCCCUGGGCCCGCCCGGCCUCCCCGGGAGAGACGGCAGCAAAGGCGUGCGGGGGGAGCCUGGAGAGCCGGGGCUGCCGGGUGAGGUGGGCAUGCGGGGACCCCACGGACUGCCUGGGCUGCCUGGGCCCCCUGGCCACGUCGGAGCUCCCGGUCUCCAAGGAGAGCGAGGGGAGCGGGGGGCCCGCGGAGAGAAGGGGGAGCGAGGCCUGGACGGGUUCCCCGGGAAGCCUGGGGAGCAGGGAGCACAGGGAAGCCCUGGCCCUCCCGGCGUGGCCGGGCCCCGGGGAGAGAAGGGUGACGUGGGGCCCGCAGGACCGCCGGGCGUACCGGGCUCCGUGGUGCAGAGAGAGGGCCUGAAGGGCGAGCAGGGGGUCCCAGGACCGCGGGGUCACCAGGGCCCUCCCGGGCCUCCCGGAGCUCCGGGUCUGACGGGUCCCGAAGGCAAGGAUGGACCUCCCGGUUUGCAAGGGCUCCGGGGCAAGAAGGGCGACACGGGCCCGCCCGGAACGCCGGGAUCGCCGGGGCCACAGGGCCCCCCAGGACCACCCGGCGUCCCUGGCCCCCCCGGACCUGGAGGCCCCCCGGGGCUACCUGGAGAGAUCGGCUUCCCCGGAAAGCCCGGGCACCCCGGGCAGGCGGGGCCGCCCGGCAAGGACGGGCUGAACGGACUCCCGGGACCACCAGGACCCAAGGGACAGCCUGGAGACAGAGGGGAGGACGGCCUGCCUGGGAAGCCUGGCCUGCGGGGCGAGGUUGGAGAGCGGGGCCUGGCUGGCCGGCCCGGAGAGAAGGGCACGGCGGGACUCCCAGGCGACCCAGGAUUCCCGGGCCUGCGGGGAGAGAAAGGACAACAGGGAGAGAAAGGUGAACUGGGCCUCCCGGGACAGAAAGGUGACCGCGGAGAAAAGGGUGACGCUGGCCCCGCGGGCCCCCCCGGAUCGCCCAGUGCCGGAGAACAAGGGCUGAGAGGAGAGAAGGGCGACAGCGGCGAACCUGGGGAGCCGGGACCCCAGGGCCGUCCUGGAGAGCCGGGGCCGCCGGGCCUCGUGGGACUGCCGGGCGCCAAGGGACAGGAAGGACCACGAGGGGUGCCUGGGACAGCUGGAAGCCCCGGCGCUCCUGGGCCUGUAGGUCUGCCCGGCCCCAGCGGCCCCCCAGGAAGUGCGGGCCCCCCAGGGAUCAGAGGCUCCCCCGGGAGAGAUGGGGAGCGAGGCGAGAAGGGAGCGGCUGGGGAAGCAGGGAGCCCAGGGCCAGCUGGGCCCCGCGGGGAUCCCGGGGCCCCCGGGCCCCCUGGGCCUCCCGGAUCAGGGAAGGACGGAGAGCCGGGGCUCCGCGGACCACCUGGACUGCCCGGGCCUCUUGGAAGCAAGGGGGACCGAGGUGCACCUGGGAUCCCUGGCUCUCCCGGCAGCCGCGGCGACCCGGGCGUCGGGCUCGCCGGCCCUCCUGGCCUCGUGGGACCCCCCGGAGACAAAGGACCGCCGGGACCUCGAGGCUCACCUGGAUUCCCCGGCCCCCAGGGACCAGCGGGCCAGGACGGCGUCCCGGGAAGCCCAGGAGAGAGGGGGCCCCCCGGAAAACCAGGCCCCCCAUCGGCGCUGUCCCCGGAGGACCUCAAUCUCCUGGUGAAGGACGUGUGCCGUGACUGCCCCCCGGGCCCCCCGGGCCUCCCGGGUCUGCCGGGCUUUAAAGGGGACAAAGGUCUCCCGGGACGGCCAGGGAGAGACGGCACGGAAGGGAAAAAGGGAGAUGCUGGGCCCCAAGGCCCCCCAGGGCCCCCAGGAACCGCGGGGGCACAGGGGAGCAGAGGGGAGCGUGGAGCCACCGGAGAGGCUGGGCAGAAGGGCGAGCAGGGUCACCCCGGCGUUCCAGGCUUCAUGGGGCCCCCAGGGAACCCUGGACCACCCGGAGCGGAUGGAGUCGCGGGGGCUGCUGGACCACCAGGCAUCGAAGGCCCCCCGGGGAAAGAAGGUCCUCCCGGCCCCGCAGGCCCGCCUGGGUUCCCCGGAGUCCCCGGAGCGGAAGGCAAGGAGGGCCGAGACGGGAAGCCCGGUCCCCCCGGAGAGCCGGGCAAGGCCGGAGAGCCAGGGCUGCCAGGACCCGAGGGUGCCCGAGGCCCCCCCGGCUUCAAGGGACACACGGGCGAUUCUGGCGCGCCCGGACCCCGGGGAGAGCCUGGUGCCAUGGGACCCCCCGGCCGGGAGGGGUCUCCGGGAAAAGAUGGCGACGCUGGACCCGCAGGGCCACAGGGCCCCCAGGGACUGAGGGGCCUGCCGGGUAAGAGUGGACCGCCCGGAUCUGCUGGGGAGCCCGGCCCCCCAGGAAACCCCGGCCCGAAGGGGAACAAAGGAGAGAACGGCAGCCCCGGACUCCCUGGCUUCCUGGGUCCCCGGGGGCCUCCGGGAGAGCCCGGGGAGAAGGGAGCGCCAGGCAAGGAGGGCGUCCCCGGGAAGCCCGGAGAAGCAGGACCCAAAGGAGAGAGGGGAGACCCUGGGGUCAAAGGUGACAAAGGAGCUCCCGGCGGGAAUGGCCAGCCUGGGGACCCUGGCAUCCCAGGCCACAAAGGCCACACGGGCCUGAUGGGCCCCCAAGGACCACCUGGGGACAGCGGGCCGGCUGGGCCCCCGGGGCCUCCGGGCCAGCCCGGAUUCCCGGGACUGAGGGGCGAGCCAGCCUCCCUGGACACGCUGCGGCGGCUCAUCCAGGAGGAGCUCGGGAAGCAGCUGGAAGUCAGACUCGCCUACCUCCUGGCGCAGGUGCCCCCGGCCCACGUGAAGGCGUCUCAGGGCCGCCCCGGGCCCCCGGGGCCCCCUGGGAAAGACGGGCUUCCGGGCCAGGCUGGUCCCACAGGGGAGCCGGGGCGGCCGGGGCAGGGCGGUCUGGAAGGACCGGCUGGACCAGCAGGCCCCAAAGGUGAGCGAGGAGCCAAAGGUGACCCAGGUUCACCAGGUGUCGGCCUCCGAGGCGAGAUGGGCCCCCCCGGAAUCCCAGGUCAGCCCGGGCAGCCCGGCUAUGCCAAAGACGGGCUCCCCGGGGGGCCCGGCCCGCAAGGGGAGACCGGCCCCGCGGGACACCCCGGCCCCCCCGGCCCGCCCGGCCCCCCCGGCCAGUGCGACCCCUCCCAGUGCGCCUACUUCGCCAGCCUCGCCGCCCGCCCGGGGAACGUGAAGGGCCCCUAGAAGAUUCCAGAAUGCCAGGAGACUGUGGCGGAUUUCUGAAACUUGAACUCAGAGCCCGAGGAGGUCAGAGGUCUUGACCCAUUUCAGCCACCUGUUUUCUUUCUUCGUUUUUUUUUCUUUUAUUGUUUUUUGUUUUAUUUUCUCGAGAGACCUCCGUGUUAUUAAGACCAACAGGUGCUAGCUGGCGGUCGGUCAGAUUAUCAUUAAUAAUAUUAUUAAUUAUUAUUAUUAUUUCACCCGUUCAUGCUUUGCGAGUCUUGCCCUCACCUCUGAAGUUGGGCAGCGUGCCCUGGGGGGCAGAGGCCUGCUUCUCGGCUCUCCUGGCGGCCCCUCGGGCCGUGCGGCCCAUGCGGAGGAGACUCUUGGUGCUACGGAGGCCGACCAGACCCUGGCCGGCCUUACCUCUUUCCUCCGAAGGAAACUUGAAAAGACUGAGUCGGCGAGCGUCUGCUUCUGGUCUCGCCCAGACGCCCCCGGGACA